ACCACAAAACCGUCCUCUGGCUUCAGGGAACUUUUUGUCUUGUUCUGUCUGUUUACCUGGAGUUCUUCCUUCUCCUCUUGAUUAUAAAAGAUUGCAGCGAAAGGUUAAUUUUUCUGGGCUUUGUGUUCGUGAAGGGUUUAUAGGUUUGUGUCUAGUGGCUUUUUUCUCUCUGGAGGAAACAUCCACGUUCUUCAUCCUGAAGAUCAAAGUUCAUUCACAAAACUGGUCUUCCCAGACUGACUGUGCAGCUGCUUUGAAAUGACAGCAUCAGCCGUACAAGCAGUGAAAACACAAUCACCAGAUCAAACUGAAGGCGCUUGAAGGAAGUAGUUUGCUCAUUAAAAUGGUGAAAGAGGAGAGGCAGCAGAAACCAUGAAGCUUUUUGCACGCAAUCUUCUUUGGCUGGCGGUUCAGAAGGCAGCGGGUUAACAGAACUUAUGGUGGUGAUUUGGCCCAGAAUGUUCAGCACAGCAAGGACAUGACACUUGCCAGCAACCGCAGUCUGGCAGAAGACAAUCUUCUGUACCAGCCCAAGCUGGAGUCUUUGAAAUCCACUUUGACUGAAAAAUACCGAGAGCUGCAAGUUCUUUUUGAAGCAUACCAGAUAAAGAAAACAAAACUAGACAGACAAUCUAGUAACGCUUCGCUGGAGACGCUGCUUGCGCUGCUUCAGGCAGAGGGGGCAAAGAUUGAGGAAGACACAGAGAACAUGGCAGAAAAAUUUCUUGAUGGUGAAAUACCCCUGGAUUCCUUCAUCGACGAGUACCAGAGCAAGCGUAAACUGGCUCACCUGCGCCGCGUAAAAAUUGAGAAACUCCAGGAAAUGGUGCUGAAGGGACAGAAACUUCCACAGGUGCAGCCGCAGCCUCAGCCCAGAGCCCCCGAGACAACACCAGCACCUCAAGAUUCCUACACUUCGGAUGCAAACACCCCUCCUUCAGUCGUGCCCCGACGGAUACCGCCCCCUCCGCCUUCUUCGGUCCCAGCAGGACGCUUUCCUACUCCCUUCACCGCAGCCAUGGGCUCAGGACCAGCUCUUUCUUACCCAGGUGCUCCGUAUCCUCCGCUCCCGUCUCGGCCAGGAGUUCAGGCCGCGGGUGCGAUGCCACAGCCGGGAUACCCAUCUCAGUUUGUACCGCAGUAUCCUCCAGCUCUUCCUCAGAGACCACCUCGCCUUCCACCGCAUCCUGGCUUUAUCCUCCAGUGAAUCCUUUGGUGCGCCUAACUUAUGUAUUGGUGCUUAUAUUUCCUUUUUUCUCCCCAUCAGAGACUUCACGUAGGCAAUGGAAAGCCUCUGUAUUUUUGCACAAAUCCGAGCUGUGGCACAGAGGUUUGCAAUUGCGUUUGGUAAAUGUGAUUAUUUUAGAUUUCAAAUAUCAGUGACAAGAAGGUUUUUCUAGGAAGGUGAUAGGGUCUAAAUUUCAUAAAUCCAUCAAACUGGGAAGCAACGUACAGUGCAUUUCCUGACAUUACAAAUCAAAUCACACUCUGAAUUCUUUAGUGACGGUAAAUCAGCAUCCUCUUGUGUUCUGAUACAUUCCCAGCGCAGCUGGGUGUGUGUGGCAAACUGGGAGCUAUUUGUCUCUCUAAAGAAUUCUGUGUCGGUGCCAGUGCUUGAAGAGUAACAACCGUAUCUGAAUACGGGGCAGGGUGGCCGCGGAGGCAGCAGCUUUGCAGCGUGCCCAGGCUGCUGCAGCGGCACUCCUGCCCAGCCCACAACCUUUUCAGAGCUCGCUGAGCUGAAACUCUUGUCAGAAAAUGUGCUAUGGUUUCAGUAAAAGUUACAAGAGUUUCAUUUCUACAUUUCAGUUGUUACCUUAGACUUUUCAUAGUAAGAGUACGCUCUCCUCCCGCUCCUAAAGAGUUUGAUAUCCUGAGAAUCCAUGGUCUCUUGGAAUUAAACUAAACUGUUUGUAGAGCCAGUUUAGAGUUUUAUAGAAACUUUACCAGGCAUUUUUAUUUCCUUGCCUACUAAGACUCUUUCUUACGUGUUUUUCUUUUCCACACCUUGGAUACAGCAGUGAUUUUUUUUUACAUGGGUGCUGAGCUUUUGGUAUCAUGUGACUCCAGGAAUCUAGGCAGGGUAUUUUCUUAAUCAAAUACUGAGUUGUCACAUCAUGUUAUUGGCCACUUGAAGCUCCACAGUUUCAUUUAGUCCCUCACUUGGCAGAACUAUUUUUAACUUUCCCAUUUCCUUUAGUUUUGCAGUUUUUUGGCAUGUGUCCCUAUCUGGAAUUUGCAGCAGGAAAAACAGAAAAGCUGUUUGAACUCCAUGGUGGCUGCUUGCAUCUUACUUAAUCCAUUCUUGACUCCUUGUGCCACUGGGCAGGGGGGAGGCUUUUUAGGGAAGCUCAGAUUUCACUCUCAAUAUGACUCUUGAAGCCUAAGAUGCAGAUACAUGCCACUAUUUUAAUUUAUCAUUGGGAAGCGCAAAUCUUAACCCUUGUUGCUUGCACAGAAUGUGUCCAGAAAUUCGUUAGCGAUUUCUCACCAACAAUUUUCAAUUAAUUCGUGGUAAUUUAAGAAACUCGCGGCCCAGAAUCUGCCGUAGCCCCUGCAUUAUUUCCAGACAUUUUCAUAUCAUUGUCCUGGAAUGCGCUGCAUUGUUUGGAAGUCUGUACUACAAACAGCUUCAGUCAAAAUAGAAUAUCUAUUUAUUUUCUUUAUGUAAGGCCCGUGACUGUCCCUUAACCAUUUCCUCUGGAGUGUGGUGGUUGCUGGCAAAUACUAAUCUCAAAUUAAGCUCAUAACAGGAAGCUCUCUGUUAUGAAAAUAUGGGUAUUUGUGUUGCCUUUUGAAGCCAAAGGGCAGAAGGUUGGUUGGUGUUACUGGUAUCUGAAGCAAUUCCCCAGUGUAAGCCUGGAAAAUUUCUAUAGAUGGGGGGUUUUGUGAAGCAACGUGCAUUGCAUUUGUUUGCAAAGCGUGUUUUUUCUGUAAUCUAGUGAUGGUACAGGCUGUGUUUUUCGUUUUAAUAGUGUAAUAUGUUUUCUUGGUAUUAUUUUCUCACUGAAGCUUCGUAUAAGCAUGGUUAAUCAUGACUCGUUUCAAAGUAAUUUUGCUGUGCUAUUAGUGCUGGUAUUUGGAUGGCAACUGUUGUAUCUGAAUGCUGAACAUAAGGCUGCUGUAGAAAUGAUUUGUGUCCUGGAAAGAAUUGAAGUGAGUGGGGGCUCCUGGGGUGGUAACCGAGUACAGGAAUUCGUACUUUGGGCCUGCUACACAAAAACUCUACAACACACUCAAUUUUGCUAACAUUUAAUACAAACAACCAGGUCUAUUUUACACUUAUCAAGUGCCAACUUUUUUUCCGAGGGUUGAGAAUCCUCAGAAGCGAUGGAGGUGGUAGGUAAGUGUAUUGUGAAUUUGCACUGCGUUUUAUGUGUCUGACUUUACUGCUCUUAGUAGUCCAAAAAUAUUUUUACUACUUGUUAACUUUUCUGUCUUUUGGUAACUUUUGUGAUAACCUUUCAGGGAUACUUGAUCUAAACACAAACUCUUGUGCAAACUAAGUACAGACAAAGCUAAUGCAAUUUUUCUGUCGGGAAGCAAAACAAUGCAUUAUUGCAUAUGCAUGUGGCUGAUGUGCCUUAGGAUCAUUCCUGGUGAUUGUAAUACUAGGAUAUUAGCAUUUUUAUCAUUUGAAUAGCCAUCGUUUAACUCUGAUUUAAGGGCUCUUCAAGAGCACUUUCUUUUACAAAAAAUAAUAAGAAAAAAGCACCCUCAUAGGUCAGAAAAAACAAAGGCUGUAUCUGCUAUUUGUAAGCUUAUAGUUGCCUUCACUGAUGGGCUAGUUUGAACACAGAUAAUGUAACUAAUGUGAUGUUUCAGUUAAAACAACCUCUUAACUGAAAUCCAGCUGCUCAUGGAAAAUGUUUUGCCAUUAAUUGUGUGUGUGUGUGUGCGCACAAACUGUAAAUAUAUACUUGACUGCUGGUAACGUUCGAGGGUAAUGGAGAAAGACAACUGGAAAGCUGUUAAAAUCCUUUCAGAAAUGUUACGAAACACUAACCUGAAUGAGUCGGGCAAGAGACGGGUCGGUGCUCUCGACCUGUUGCCCUUCGACAGCUUCUCCUGUUCUGUUAUAGCUAAUAAAUAACUUUUGCUAUGGCUAGGAUUUUUAGAAUCAUACUAAUUUGCACUGUUUAUAAGAUAGUGAGAUUAAAAUGCCAUAGGCAAGCUGAGACUUGAGAGGGGGUGGCUCAGUGUGCUUGCCAAAAUAUAUAUAUUAUUAUGUUGUAUUGAGGAUUUUAAUGCCCGCUGCAAAUAGCAUAUACUUCCCCAGAGCAAUUGGAGAAAAAUCUUCUAAAUCCGAUGUGUAACACGGCUUUAGAGCGUUGGUUGAAAACACCAUCGUUGGGUGGUGUUACUUCUGCUGGUCUUUUGUACGUGGUUUUGUAAGUGGUGGCUGCUUGAGUUGUAUGUGGUUGGGUUUGGUGAUGGGUUCUGACCCAAGGGUGGGUUUCACCAUCUCCUCGAGGAAACGGAGCGGGUUUUUCCAGCACGGCUGGUCCACGCAGCUCAACUCCGCACCAGCGGCCCCGGAGGGACGAUAUAUUCUAGAAAAUGGGCUUUUCCGCGAUGCCGGGAGGCACAGUCCGGCCCUGGGUAACCUGGCGUUUAGUGCCCCAACUUCCACAACCUCAGUCUCGACCUCUUUGGGGCUUCUCUGCCUUCUCAAACUGGAAUAAUGACUUAGAGCUCAAAUCAGCGAUUCCUUCAGCCUGAACACAGAGCUGCUCUGUGAGAGUUCGGAGGAGGUGGAGUCGUCCUGCACCUGAACGGUUCCUCUGUGUAAUCCCGGACAGUCUAACAAAGGGGCAGUUUUACAUGCCUGGCAAGUGGUGAAACGUACAGUGGAUUUGUUUGCAUAAUAAGUCUUUCUGUAAUCUACUGUGGUCUGAUUUUAAAUAAAAUAGCAUAUCUCUCUUG